AAUUCUGCGGCUGAAGUCAUUUCUAGAACCGUAACAUUUCGACCUCAUGUGCGCUUAAAAAACUCUUCUGCUCAGCAAUACCUUAUUCUCUUCUCGGUUCAUGGCUGGCACGUGCACCUCCAUCACGCGCCACGUGAUCGGAUCCACCACCGUCGAACUAUCCAGAACCGCCAACCAUUGCGGAGCUUCGUUUUCGGCCAGGAUCUCGAUGAAGAACAGUGGGGCUUCCGCCAUGUCCGGCCACCGGGAGCUUGCAGCUGUAGCGACAGCUGAGGGUCCGUCUUGCAUAUACGUUGGUCCUAUUGAUAGUGCAAGUAAAGAAACCCUAGAAGCUCUGUAUCGUCAAGCACGGGAUGCGUAUUACAGUGGUGAACCUUUGAUAGUUGAUGACAUGUUUGAUAGAGUAGAGUUAAAAUUGCGGUGGUAUGGCUCAAAAUCUGUGGUCAAGUAUCCCCGUUGCAGUAUUAGGCGACAAUCCACUUAUGCAGAUGCUGAGGAAGAUGUAUCACAGGUUUUUGCAUUAGCAAGCAUAUGGAUCAUCUUUCUUGCAUUUGGAAGUUCAGUGCUUGUUGGACCCAUUAUCUAUACUGUUGUUCUAGCUUAUCAAGAAGCAGUUAGCUCAGGAAUUUCUCAAGGAACCCAAGGAUCUAUAAUUCAAUUUCUUGCAACAGUGAAUGGCAUUCUCUUCAUGGCAGUGGGAUCUUUGAUUGGCUAUCCAAUUACAUCAUCCUCUGUUAAGGUGCUCCAGGGCCUAUGGAGGAAAGACUUGGUGGCACUUAAGGGGGCAUGCCCAAAUUGUGGGGAAGAGGUGUUUGCAUUUGUGAAAUCAAAUGAGCCUAACAACUCGCCGCAUAGAGCAGAUUGUCAUGUAUGUGAAAGCUUACUAGAAUUUCGAACGAAGGUCGAGCAAACAGCUUCGAGGCUGGGUAGACAAUGGGUCCAUGGUCGCAUUUAUCUUGUGUCACGAAGACGACAUAGAUGGAAGUAAAAGCUGAGCAAAUUCAUUCGAUUGCAAAGCAGCCGAUAUAAUGAUUCUUUGCAGACUUUUUUCAUUUGGCAUGGGGAAAUGAUUCUGAAAUGGCAUCUCUUGCAGACAAAUAACAGUUGAAAAUUGUAUAUUGUAGUCCGUAGAAGUACAUUUUCCUGGAAAUUUAUAAUCAGAAUGUAGAAUAUAUGGCAUGAAACGGAUUUUCAGGGCAUUUAUCUCGCCAUUGCAACUUCCUGUUAGAUUUAAUCUCUAUGUUUGAUUAUUGGUGCCACUGGCAUAAGUUGAGCUUAUUACAUUUGUUCAAUUACCUGUUAUACA